CCAACGGCUUCCUCAAUUCUCAAUUCCCUCACACACCAACCCUCUAUCCCCCCCAACUAUGGCCCCAAUACAAACAACGGACCCCUCCCUCUUCCACAUAGAAUCAAUCUCCCAAUACGUCUCUCUCCCGCCGUCUUCACUCGCAACACCACUACCAUCCCUCUGCGCAGCGCUCUUCUCACCACUGCUGCUCACCUAUUUCUCGCCUGCACGGGGAAUCGUGCUUUCAUACUCAAAUCUCCGGCUUGCAGAUGAACCUCCAGCGAGGAAGAAAACUCGAGCCUCAUCACAUUCCUACUCACCCUCCCACUCACCCUCCCACUCCCGGCGCAGACGCGACCGCCAAUCACCCUCACCUGACGACGACUCCAACGCAUCAGAUACGGAAAACCCAGAAGAACAUCCCCUCCUCUGCAAAAUCACCGACGAAUACAAUGCCGCCUUCCUCUGGGCAACCGCCGAUUUCCUAGUCUUCCGUCCACGCACAAAUGCCUGGAUAGAAGGACGCAUUACACACCAAUCUUCGUCGCAUAUCACGCUCGCAUUUUUGAAUUCGUUUCCAGUGGCGGUUAUGCGGGAGGGGAUACCGUUGGGGUGGGCGUGGGUGGCUACUACUUCCCAGUCUGCCGCCGCGAACGAGAAACAAAGUCGAAGGAGAGGUAGAGGAGUUGGGGAGGGACAUAGGGGUGAUGGCUCUGGUGCAGGAUAUUGGAUCGGCGACGACGGCAUGCCGAUCUCUGAUAUCUUAAGCAUCCGGAUCCGGGACUUCGAGGCUAAAACUAAGAGUGCGGGAGGUAAGGGACAUUUUCGGAUUGAAGGGAGUCUAUUGAGUGUAGAAGAGGAGAAGGAAGUGGAGAUAGAGAGGCAGAGGCAGAGGCAGGAAAAGGGGAAGAAACAGACUAGGGGGAUUUUGAGGAGUCCCGAGGGGAGGGGCAUUGCAGUGGAGGAUGGGGAGGGGAUGGACGUUGACCCGGAAGGAAGUCAAUGAGGAUAUCGGUUUGGUAAUAAGGCUUCGAAGGCUUAGGCUAGGCGUUUACAGGAUUGUUUUAGAGAUGGAUUGGAAUGUAUGACGGCCUCGGGUAUAUUUGUGGCUGGAAAGGUAGGCAUGCCCACAUUCAGCCUCGAUCUUAUUCGGAAUGAGAAACCCAGAUGCGCAAACGUGAAAGGUCAAUGCUUGGAGUAUAUGUCUAUCUACCUUCCACACUGCACU